CUGGCUGAGCUCACCUGGGCGGUGCUCACCUGGGCCGCGCUCAACUGCCUGCCGGCACCGGGGAGGGGGCCCCCCGGAGGCUCCCCUGGCCAAGAUGAAGGAUCGGCUAGAGCAGCUGAAGGCUAAGCAGUUAACAGAAGAUGAUGCUGAUGAUGAAGUGGAGAUCGCCAUUGACAACACGGCCUUCAUGGAUGAAUUCUUUUCAGAGAUUGAGGAAACCCGGCUCAACAUCGACAAGAUUGCUGAGAAUGUGGAAGGAGCUAAGAAACUUUACAGCGUCAUCCUUUCUGCACCAAUCCCAGAACCAAAAACAAAGGAUGACCUAGAACAGUUAACGGCUGAGAUAAAGAAAAUGGCCAACAGCGUCCGGAACAAGCUAAAGAACAUGGAGAGGCACAUUGAGCAAGAUGAGGUGCGGUCAUCGGCAGAUCUUCGGAUACGGAAAUCCCAGCACUCUGUCCUCUCCCGGAAGUUUGUGGAGGUGAUGACCAAGUACAAUGAAGCCCAGGUGGACUUCCGAGAACGCAGUAAAGGGCGCAUCCAGAGGCAAUUGGAAAUCACUGGCAAGAAAACCACAGAUGAGGAAUUGGAAGAGAUGCUGGAGAGUGGGAACCCAGCCAUUUUCACUUCUGGGAUCAUCGACUCUCAGAUCUCUAAGCAAGCCCUCAGUGAGAUUGAAGGACGGCACAAAGACAUUGUCCGGCUUGAAAGCAGCAUCAAGGAGCUACACGACAUGUUUGUGGAUAUCGCCAUGCUGGUGGAAAACCAGGGGGAGAUGAUAGAUAACAUAGAACUGAAUGUGAUGCAUACAGUGGACCAUGUGGAGAAGGCUCGGGAUGAGACCAAGAAGGCGGUGAAAUAUCGUAGUCAGGCCCGGAAGAAAAUGGUAAUUAUCAUUAUCAUAGUUGUGGUGUUGCUGGGCAUUUUAGCUCUGAUCAUCGGGCUCUCCGUCGGGCUGAAAUAGCAGCAGCUCCCGCUGACUGCUGGCGCUGAACUUAACUCCUUCUUGCCCUUCACCUCCCUGGCCUGCUGCUGAGUCCUGUUGAUCCUUGCCGACUACCUGUGCACUGACCGACGCCUCCUCCCCUGCUUCUCCCAGAACCUGAUCCUCUCCCAGCUGGAUCCCUGCACCUCUUCCUUUGGACUGGAUGGGAUUUGCCUCUCAAAAGUCUCCAGGGAAUGAGCACGACAUUCCCCAGUUAACCCCAUCUUGGGUCUACUUUGCCAUUUGUCCAGCCCAGGAGGUAUCCAGCCUGUCCUGAUCUGACCCCAAAUCUCUCUCUAGAGAGUGUCCCGAUAACCCAUUCACCAGCCCUGAAAUGCCUUCCAGGCCUGCUUGGCUAAUCACCAAGCCUACUGUUCCGGAAUUGCAACUUGGGAGUCCCCUUCAGAUGCCUCCCAGGAUGCUGCUUUCUACCUCAUGGAAUAACUCUUUACUCAGGAACUACAAUAUUUUUUUCUUUAUCAUCUAUUUCUUUAACAAAUGUUUAAGAAAACACAAAGUGGGAAAUCAGUCUCACUGCCAACUUUGGCAAAGAGAUAGCUUAUAUCUGGGUCUCCACCACUGGCAGGGAGUUAACUCUGAUCUUUGUAAUGCUCCCUAGAGAAUGGAAUUAGAAAAGGAACUGGGAUGAUGAGUGAUGGUAAGAAUUGGGGUCUCUAAGUAGGCACAGUCUUUUUGGAACUCAACUUUUGGCUCUUUACCCUGUAGGGGAGCCAAGAGGCCAAUGUUGACUUUUAAUUCCUUGGUGGAUAUGUAUAUGUUCUUAUGUGUGGUUGUUUACCGAAGGAGUGACUGUGAUGACAUAGUCCUCCAAGGUCAUCAUUUGCCAAGGCAGAGCCCAUCCUUGGCUGUGUUUGGAAGUAUGUAUCUUGGAAACGAGCUGCUUAGUGGAGAAUGUCAUGCAGCCCUCUGUCUAGUAGCCAGCAAGAACUUAAACAUAUGAAAACUGGCUUAUGGAGGAAGAGUGUGAGGCCUAAUCCUUAGUAAUAUCACAAGAUAAGGGUGGACUUCAAGGCUUCUUGUCCCUUGUUUUCCCUGUCAUUCCAGGUGCUCAGGGAGUUUCAAUGAUCUUCAGAUUACUGUUCCGGAAGGAACAGGUGAAGAUGUAGGGAGUGGUGGUGGUGAGAAUCUUUUGUGAGGUAUACUCCUUUAAGACUCCUCAAUAGUUGACCCUUAACCCUCCAGGGAGGGAAGUGGUCAAUGUAGACUUUUAGUUCCUCAAAUAUAUGAAUAUGUGUGUGUGUGUGUGUGUGUGUGUGUGUGUGUGUGUGUGUGUGUGAGAGAGAGUGAGUCUGGAACCUGGGUAAUAGAGGUUCUGAGUAUAAUUAGCUUGAGUAACUUCUUCAUGGGAGUAGAUGAGGGGACAACCAGCUCUUUGUGCAGCUUUGGGAGAAACCCUGAUCCAAACAUACUCUUCCUGAGGGCCAUUAUAUGGAUGAAAACUCUAGGGUGAAUCCUUAGUUUUGGAUAUCAUCAUCCCAAAAUCACUCCUAGUCCAUUGGCUCACUUGCCCAGUGGACACUUGUUCUCUUUUCUCCCUGAUGUGGGGUCCAGGUUGUGCUAAGGAUCACUAGAAAUUAAGGGCCAAUCAGGGUAACUGAGGAGAUGCUAUCUCCUAGAGCUAUGUUGACAGAGCCACUCAGUUAGGAGUGGAGCUUUAACCAAAUGGCAUUUGCUGUUAAUACACCUUCUUAUCAAAGCAGGUUUGGUCUCUCCCUCACCGUGUCGGGAGGGAUCUAAUGGUAUUGAAAAUCUCCUUUCGGCCAUGCUGAAGUAGGCACUGGUGUGCAGAAGUUGUCAUGGAGCUGAUAUUGCAUUUAUGCCAACAUAAGCUGGUUGAUUUCUCACCUGGUGCAUGAAGUUUGUCCUUAAACUCCUUGGUCCUUUGUACUCCAGGGUACAUACCAUUUUUGUCGACUUAACCCUCAACCUUAAUGGCUCCAAGGAUGGAGCAGGAUCUCUAAUCCAGGCCACUAUCCAAUUGUGCCUUUGGCCAGGUUUGUUCUAAACACCCUUCAAUAUGUAGACAGAGCCAUGGGGGUUGCAGCACUAUUCUUGCCUGAGGCUGUGAUGUCUGACAUUGAAGAGUGGGCUGGUUUUGGUGCCAAAAAGGAACAAACUCCAAAAACAUGGCUUUGGUCUCGUUUGUGAGGCUGGGAAGUGCAUUGUAUGUCCAAAAGUGAAGGAUUUUGGGUCUGUUUUUUAAAAUGGA